AUGAUAGCCACUGCAACCAUAGCCUCCAUGGAGAUGGGGCUUCUGCUGAGAGAUGAUGUUUUUGUCGACUUUUUCAACACGUUUCUGAACCUUCCUGUUUUUGGCCAGACACCUAUUUACAUCAGCAGCAUAGGCCAGUGGGACCUCUGGCCAGAGCUACCAAGUCACCUGGAUCCCAGCCCCCCAGCUUUCCUGGCUUGGCUGCAAAAGCACCGCCUGCCUCACUUCUGCAAAUCCAGCUUGUGCCUCCACCUCGUCCUCUGCCAGAAGCUUCUGGGUUUCAUUCGGUCAGGAGAAGCAGCAAAACUGCUCAACUGGCAAAGUGCAGACCAGUGGCUGCUGGAGAAGUGCAUCAGUGGAAGCCAGGGCAUGUGGCACUUUCAAGCCUUCAUCCAAGGAACAGCAGGUGAGGAGCUGACCAACUUCUGGCUCACUACUGAAAGGCUCCUGGGGCUUGAUGAGUCAGAUGCAAGGCAGAGGGACCUCUACCUGUCCUUACUCCACAGGCUGAAAGCCACUCACCUGCGUGAAGGCUCCAGCGUCAUCAUUCUCUGCAGGACCAUCGUUGGGUCACUGCUGAAAGCUGGACAUGUUCAGCCCAUCAGCACCAGGAGGGAAAUCCUAAGUAAGAUGCAGGAACGGGUCCUUUUUACAAUUCAGAGUUACUGGCUCCCUAAAUUCUUCAUCCACUGCAAGAUGAGCAUGGAGAAGGAGAAACCAUGCCAGCCUCUGCUGCAGGAGUACCAGGAGCGUUUGUUGCAGGGCAGCAUGCAGGAGCCCUCUGGCUUCUCAGAGGAUCUCUUCACGAUGCACAUUAAAAGAAGCCAGGGUUUGUCAGGACUCUACUGCAGCAGGAAGGCCAAAGCAGAUAUCUGGACUCUGGUCAAGGAGGGAAGAGACACCAAAGAAAUGAAGAUGCCCACUUUCCAGGUGCAACCAGAAAGGCAGCCAGCUGGGAGCACAAAGGAAUCACAGCUGGAUAGGAAUGCUUUGGGAUCGGUUCCUCAGCAGCCAGAGCACCCUGCAAACACUGCCUUUGGAGACAAAGGAGGAGCAACCUCUCCCAGCAGACCUGAACCCAGAGCAGAGUGGGUCCUUCAUCUGGAAGGCCUCCAUGAAGAGAGAAUCUGCUCUAACCUGCAUUCCUCUGCCCCCCUUGUCCAGCUGCCAUCCCUGAAAAAGUCAUUCAAGACUCUGAGUUUCCUUCCUUGGGCCCUUAGUGCUGACAGCUGUGCUGGACGGCCCUUCAGGGACUUCUUGAAGCACCAGGGCCGCUAUGUGGAGACUCAUCUCCUGGACCUGUGGCAUGAGCUGGAGGAAUUUCUACCUGUGGUGCUGGACCCCCGCAAAGAAAACAGUUUCUUCCUGCGACAUUUGAUUGGGGAGAAGAUAUGCAAGACCUACCUGGAGGAAGGCACCACUGGGCACCUUCCCUUGGAGACCAAGACUGUCAGGACCUUGCAGAACUAUCUGAUGUACGGAGAGUUCUCCCCCUGCAUAUUCAGAGCCCAGAAGGAGAUUUGCAAGGUGCUCUGCUGCUUCUAUGAGGAAUUUCUGGCUGCCGAUGACAGAACCUUCCUCCAGUUUAUGUCUCCACAGAGCAGCGUCCCAGCACCUGAGGAGCAGGGCCAUGCUCUUGGGGAAGAUGAACGUUUCCUCCUGUUCCAGCGACUAAACGAGUCCUUGAAGCUGAGCCAGGCCUUGCAUGGCACAAGGAACUUGGAAGGUCUCUCCUCUGAGCACUGGCAACUAAUGGCCACUCAGGACCUCCGCCAGGGGGGCUUCAUCCAGGCAGAGGUGGAAGACCUGGCUUCUCGAUCUGAUGCAGACGCCCACAAGGUGGCAUCCUCACACCGUCCAGAUGUGUCGGUUCCUCAGAAACUCUCAUCGGAUGUGGAUAGCCCAAGCAAGGAAAAGGAGCAUCCGGGUCUCAAAAGUCCGCCACUCACCAUUGAACCCAAGAAGAGAAAGAAGAUGACUGUUCCUGUGAGAAAAUCAUCCCCUAUUGCAGUAAAGAAGCCAUCUACAAGACCCAGGCACUUUGUGAAAGUGCUGCACAACCGUGCCCACCUGCAGUACUUCAGGCAGUUCCUCAGGGAGCGCAAUGCGGAUAAACCACUGCAUUUCUGGAUGGCUGUGGAGAAGCUAAACACAGAGACCAACCCCGAGAGAAAGAGCUUGCUCAUCAACAGCAUCAUCAAAAAUUAUUUCCAUGGUGACAUCCCAGCUGAGGAGCUGCUGGACUGUGAUUCUUCUAUCAUCAGUAACAUACGUGAGGCCAAAACAGUCAGCCCCUUCAUGUUGAUGACAGCACAGGUCCUUGUCCAGAAAGCAAUGGAGAAACGAUGGUUUAAAGAGUACCAGGACUUGUUCUCCCCAAGUGAGACACAUAUGCCUAACGUCGACCUGCAGCACAGGAUGGAGAAACUCACGUCAGACAAGCUGCGGCGGGCCUGGUGUGCCAUCUGUGACCUCAUCAAGAGCCUCUGCAAGUUCCGCAGGGAGAUGAACAACGCCAACAGCCGUGGGGAGUUUGAGGACUUCCUCCGACAAGAACUAGGAAACAAGGAGGAAAAUAUGCCCAUCAGCUCAAGGCUGAGCAGCAGCACCAUGCUCAAUUUCCACUUCCACAAGGCCCAUGCCAGCACCCCACCAGACAAGGAGGUGGUACUAGUGAGACGUCUCAUGCUUAACAAUCAGCUUGUUACCAUCAACUUCCUCAUUGAUGACCUCCGCUUUUUUCUGGAGAUUGACAAGUUUUCCAAUCUGGCUGACUCAGUUGAAGCUCAGGCAGCCCACAACAUGCAGACAGCAAAGCAAGUUGCCUUUCUCAAAAAGAAAGUUGCCAUCAUCAGCAAACUCUUCCUGAGCUCCGACAUUCCCCCUAGACUGCGGGUAAACAUCUCCAAAGAAGAGAGAAAUUUCAUCUGGAGCUUAUCUUCUAAAGGGAUACUGACCCGUGUCCUCUACCACAGGGCCAAGCUCAUCAUCUUCCCCAUCCUGAUGCACUUCUGGAGAAGGUUCUGCUACUGGAAGGUGAUGAAGAGCUUUCGGGCAUCUGCAACAGAAAAAGGGCUAAGCUCUUUGCCCCCUACAACAGUGUCCUCCAAAUCAUCUGACAUCUACAGUCCAGGCAAUCACACAGUCAUUGUCUUCACACUCCAGAAGGGGAUCCAGGUCCUGCUGCCAAACCCCAGGAAGAAAAUUGACUCCUCAGAGGAGAAGGAAGGCACCAAGGAACACCAGACGAUCCCAAACCACCUAUGCUAA